AUGUCUAUGGGCCGCUGUUCGUCCGUGUCCUCCAUCUCUCUACUUGAUAUCAAAGCUGAGAGCCGUCUAGUCCUACAAGCUUUCCUCAAUCAGACACUGUCCAUCCCAUUUGUGGAACGGCCAGGCAGAGUAGGAGGUGGCUACAAGGAAUACAACAAAUACAGUGCUAGUGUUAAGCCAAAUCCCAAAGUAAAAGAUGGGUGGGAUUCUCAAGCUGAAGAUCAAAGCUCAGCAGAUGAGAAGAAGCCAGGAUUUAAGGAUUUCCUGAAGCAACUGCCCCGGCGUAGUUAUGCACGCUCUUCUAACAAGGAUGGGAAAGGUUCUUUGGAAAAGGACAACAAGCCUAGAGCGCCAAACAUUAGAGAGCUGUCUGAGGAAGACAUUUUAUCUCCCUCCUCUACAUCCGAAGAAGACGACGGUGACAAGAAACAGAAAGGACUGAACAAAAAGAAGCUUAAAAAAAAGAUUUCCAAGUUUUUCAAGAUAAAGGAGAAGGAAAAAGAGAAAGAAAAUGAUCAAGAGAAGGAGAAGAAACGAGAGGAGAAAGAGGGACCUAGCUCUCAACCUAAGAGACCUUCCACAUUGCUAAUAGACAAAACAGCUGAGCCAAUCUCACCCCUUGUUUCCCCAAAUCACCCUCCUGAAUUCUAUAAUGAAGUUGCGCAGAAGCUGGAAAAAAUCGCACAAAGGUCUACGAGUACAAAGAAGGUGACUCCCCUCACUCCCCCACAAGAUCCCUCAGAGCUGGUGGUUCAGCAGCUGGUUCAAGUUCUCUCUGUCGAGGCAGAGUCUAUUAACAAUAAGAUUCAGAUGGACCCAUUUCUGCGCUCAAGUUUGGCUCGCCUAUCGUACCCAUCCUUCGCGAGGCUUCUCGACACUGUCAGCAGCACUCAGGUAUUGGAUGUCCCACUCCUCCAGCCAACAGCGAGCCCGACUUUGCGCCGCAUGGCCGUCUCUAUGGAAGUGUCAAGGCGUAUAGUGACAGCUACAGGUGUCCAUCGCAUGCAAGGGUAUGCAGAGUGCUACAUGGAGAAUUUUGCCCCAUGGUUAAAGAGUCGAGGAGGAUGGGAGAAUGUGGCCGAGAUGAAGGAUCCUGCUGAAUAUGACUGA